GUAUAGUUUUAUGACCAAAAUAAAAAUAGAGAUUAUUGAAAAAAUAGUUGUUCGUUACUAAUAUUAACAAUUUAAACAAAAAGCCGGAAACUAUAAAAUCAUAUUACAUAAGGUAUAUUUAUUCCCAGUGAUGCUCAUUUGCCCUAGGACUUAACGACUUAUAAAUACGUAUGUUUACGGUUAUCAGAUCAUUAUAAGUUAUCUACUAAAGAGAGCUACUUAAGGAAAAAACAGAACUAUGUUUAAAGUCAGAAUAGUGCUGUGGUCAGCAAUGUUACUUUGUACAAACAGUAUGAGCAAAGAGUCAAAGAGAUGGUUGUCUAAAAACAAACAUGUGUUUAAAAAGAUGGCAUUUACCGAAAAUCAAAUAAUGAAUUUUAAGAAUAGCGAAAAUAAUUAUUCUGCAGCACACAUCAAGCCAGAAGCAGUAAAAGUAUUCUGGACUAAAUAUACCCAACCACCAGUGUGUUUAAAGCGAUCAAAACGUUGGUUUGACAACAUUCGUGUUAAAAGAUCUGAAUGUUCGGCAUGUUGUUCAACUGCGUUUUCUGCAGUGGCUCCAUUGAAAGUGGAUUACAACAGCAAGGAAUAUGAAGUAUAUCACCCAAUGGGUGGAUGGCAAUUUUUGUUCGUUGGAGAUUGUCCAGCAAGUGCCAGUUGUACUUCGGGAACCUGUCAGAAGGAGGACGAUUACCACACAUGGAUUCUUGUGGUUGAUGAGGACAUGUUAUAUAUCCCUCAACUUAGAUUCAUUCCCAUAAGUUAUCCACGAUACUGUAAAUGUGUGAACAGUUCUUAAAAGAAAAAUAAAGCAUAGACUUUUUAA